AUAAAUUAGGAGCGAUAUACUGGAUGAGUGAUUCGAGAAUCAGUCUGAAUCGUCUUUCAAGACAUGUUGCAUGGAGGAGACAUCAAGUGACAAUCACUUAUCUAGAGGUGUUGGUCAGUGAAGUGUCAGACCACAUGUAGUCACUCUCUUUGGUGUUUUAUUAGAUGUAUAGUGUUCUGUACGUUUUGUAUGGCGAGUUUUGUUCAGGCUGAUUGAUUUGUGCUCGAAUGUGAUUCUGCUUACAUUUUGUGUUUUUACUGUUCGUUUUGGUUUCGUUUUCUCCAGCGAUUUUUCGUUACGUUUUGCUAUCGACGAUUUGUUUUCGGUUUCCUUCGUUCGAUGUGAUAGAUUGCACACAUAGUCAUUUUUGCCUCGAUUUUCCUAUUUUUGUUGAAAACGAAUGCCAACUGGAUGGAAUUCUGAUUUUUCUAACCAUUUGUUGAUGAAAUUGUCUUUGUUUGUUAUCUCAGCUGUUCACAAGAACCGUUGUUCAGUUAACCUUAAAUAUUUCUCAUUGUAUUAAAUCAACAGUGGUAUUUGACGAAAACCUGUAGGAAAUAUCAUUGAUGACUGUCCAAUAUAAUCAGUUUGUCCUUACUGGGGGUCCUGGAAUAUUCUUCCGUCUUCUCUUAAAAUGGAGGGGAGGUGUAUUGAAGCUGAUUUCACUUGACCUCAUCAUAUUUGCUUCUAUUUAUACAUUAAUAAGCUGUUUGUAUCGGUUUGCAAUUUCUGAGAACGCACAAAGAAAUUUUGAACGUCUGAUCCUAUUUACUUCCAGGUUCCAAGCUAUGAUUCCGGUUGCAUUUAUCCUUGGUUUUUAUGUUGCCUUAGUUUUUGCACGCUUUUGGAACUAUUUCACGACGAUUCCGUGGGUGAUGAGUUUCGCACUUACUCUUGUUACCCACCUUCCUGGUAGCGCAGAACGCAAUCGUCUGAUACGUCGGACAUGCAUGAGAUAUAUAAUGGCAAAUCUUAUAAUUGCAGCUGCCCAUCUUAAUGUCGUCGUCAAGAAACGUUUUCCAACUUUUGAGCUUUUCGUUGCUUCAGGCGUACUUACCGAGGAUGAAGCAAGAAUUAUUAGAAGUGUACAAUCUGUUCAUAUGCAACCAUUUGUUCCUGUUGUAUGGGCGACUUCUCUUAUCACUUUAGCUAGAAAAGAAGGACUAAUCAAAAAUCCGCAUGCAUACGUUCUUUUGGUAGACGAACUUAACACUUUCCGUCAAAAAAUAUUAUAUAUAAUGAUGAUGGAUGAUGUUUGUAUUCCGUUGGUUUAUACACAGGUUGUCACACUAUCUGUGUACUCUUAUUUUGUCGCGUCUCUUAUAAGUAGUCAAUUCAUCAUCAACAGUUCACCUUUUGCAGGCAUAGCACGUUCGCAUGAUCUUUUCUUCCCGUUUUUCACAUUUCUGGAACUUUUUGUUUAUGUGGGAUGGCUAAAAGUUGCUGAAACACUUGUGAAUCCAAUGGGAGAAGAUGAUGAGGAUAUUGAUAUUAAUGAGAUAAUCGACUUUAAUUGGAGAUCUAGUCUAGUAUAUCAUAAAAAUUUUGAUCACUAGCGUAAUGAACAUAUGCUGAAAUAAGGAAAAACAAUUUUUAAGAAGUACUGAUUAUAGAUAAAAUUCUUGUUUACUAGUUAAUAUCAACUAUAUUUCAAAGUAGCCGCAAAAAUGUAAAAUACUCAAAGGUGCUAAAUGCUACAUAAAUAAAAUUCGCACGUUAAUUAGGUCUAUCUUUUACGACCAUAUUUCAGUGAUUCGAAGGUUUUGUAUCACAGACAAAUUUUAAUAAAUUAUAAUAGUUUGAUUUCAAAAGCUAAACCCAUAAUCCCAUUUUAUGAAGUAACUUUCAAAUGUUCAAGUUAGAUUUGUCAGUAAUAAUAAUGUAUUAUAAACUAAUUAAGAUGAAGCAUAUGAUGAUUUCUAAUCCAAUGAAUCACUUUUUCAUAAAUGAUGGCAGUUAUACAAUAAUUAAUACUAGAAUGCAAUAAAAUUCCCCAUUACUAAUUUGUAUAUUUAUUUAUUCAUAAAUUUCAACAUGUUUCAAUAAGUAACCUACAUAUUGAAUUAUAACAAGAACUUUCUAAUUGAUGUACAAACUAUCAUUCUGCUGAUCGUAAAGAAUUCUGUCUCUUUCACAGUAGUGAACUAAUAUUAGUUUUAGGAAUUAGUAUGCUAAAACACAGCAAAUUAAUAAACGUUUAAUCUAAGUGGAUAAAAAUACAUUAAAAAGUUUGUCACAGAUGUCACUAAUUUCACUUAUCGAUACAGUUCUAAAAUUUAGAAAGCAAUGAAGAAGGACCGGCGUAUUAAACAUAAGUAGAUGAUAAUUUAAGCUGCUGAUAAUUCGUUUUAUCUUUUGCCUAAUGUCUUGAGGAUUCAUUUGAUAUUAACUGUAUCACAGCCUAAAAAAAACUAUUUAUGAUUGCUUGAAUACAAGAAAGAGCUGUUUUGUGUAGUGUAUUUUAGACUAAAGGGCUGAAAUAGAUUAACUGAGAUGUCUGCUAAACACGUAAUCCUACAUCUAUUUGUUUUCAGUUGAUUCAACUUUUUCUUCUAAAUAAUUAUAACAUUUUUUUAUUGAUUUGGUGUUUGUAUGGUAUCUCAUAGUCUAAUGAUUUGACAGAUAUAUUAAAAUUUACAAUCUGUAUUGUUGCUUCCGUCUAUAUAAUGAAAUAUUUAAAAUAAAUGUAACAGUAGCUUAUGCUAUCAUGUGACAUUAAAGAACAGUCUUUGACUGUUAAAUGAUUCCACUUCAUGGUCAGUGUUAUCAAUCUGUUUUAAUCUUCGUUUCGAAGAUUUCGUGGUGUGUGGUAGAUGGAGUAAGAACAAGUGCACCCGCCAUUGUACGAGACGCCCAUUGGAGACAAUCCGUUGUAGAACUUCCACAUACGGAACGGUCGAAACGUUUAAAUGUUGGAUCAAGGAAAGGGUCAAUUUAUGAUCUGAAUGUUCCUGUUGGUCCAGAACUACGCGAUCUUAUGGCAGCUUUAUCCACAGCACGACAGAUGCAGAUGCUAUCUAAACAUAUUAUUUUGAUUCAGCACUUUUACGCCAAAAAGGCGCCAUACUACAAAAUAAAGAAUUUUUUUGGUUUGGAUCAAUAACAGUGUCUAUCUGCUCAGAAUAUUAGGAACGUGCGAUUCACACACAUAUUACUUUGCAUUUUUUUUAUAUCGAAAGUAAACCGAAUAAUCGAUGUAAACGUUUACCUAACCAUGAAAUUUACUGUAAUACCCUCCCAGAUUUUAAAAAUUAUCCUAAGUGCUUCUUAUGAACUUUUGUAUAUUUACGAAACGGAACAGAACUCUAAACUCCU